GCUCUGUGUCUGAUUGGGUUAUUAAAGGAAACGGUCGAAGUCACACUCUGUUUCUGUGUUUUAAGGCCCUGAAUGGAUGCUUUCUUCAGCCUCUCUCCCUGUCAUGUGGGUCAUUGCGGUUCAUCAGCUCCUCCUUCAAGAGCUUGACUGGCAUGAUGAAUCCAGAUUCAUUUUUCAAAUGCAUGUCCAAUCAGUGAUAAUGAAUAAACAUCUCUACACGUGCCCGCUUUACUCCCUGCACCUCUCUGUCUAUUCGUUUUCUCUCUCUCGCUCUCUCCCCAGUUAUUUGUGCCAGGCUGCAGAUCUUACCAUAGAGAGGAACCCUGUACUGAAGCCAAAGCCAGACCCCUCAACCCUUGUGUUUGGCAAGCAGUUUUCAGACCACAUGCUGACAGUCAGCUGGUCUGCAGCAGGAGGAUGGGAGGCACCCUUCCAGAAUCUGUCCCUUCACCCCGCUUCCUCAGCCCUGCAUUACUCCAUAGAGCUAUUUGAGGGCAUGAAGGCUUUCCGGGGAGUAGAUAACCGCAUCCGUCUCUUCCGGCCUCUGCUGAAUAUGGAGCGCAUGUACCGGAGCACGGAGAGGAGCUGCCUGCCUUUGUUUGAUAAAGACGAACUGAUAAAGUGUAUCAAUAAGCUGAUUGAGAUCGACCAAGAAUGGGUUCCUUACUCCAUAGACGCCAGCCUGUACAUCAGACCAACGUUUAUAGGAACUGAACCCUCUCUAGGUGUGUCUCGAGCAGGUCAUGCUUUGCUCUUUGUCAUCAUUGGGCCUGUUGGACCUUAUUUUGCAACUGGAGGCUUUAGUCCGGUGUCAUUGCUGGCAGAUCCUCGAUAUGUCCGGGCUAGGAGGGGCGGCGUUGGAGAAUACAAGAUGGGAGGUAACUACGGGCCAACGAUUGCUGUUCAGAGCGUGGCGGCCAAGCAGGAAUGCCAGCAGGUCCUUUGGCUGUACGGAGAGAAUGAGGAGAUCACUGAGGUCAGAACCAUGAAUCUCUUCAUCUACUGGACCACAGAGAAAAGAGAGAAAGAGCUGGUCACCCCUCCUCUAGAUGGCAUCAUUCUUCCAGGAGUCACCAGGCAGUCUCUGCUGGACCUUGCCAGAGAAUGGGGUCUUUUUCAGGGGGACUUUAAAGUGACAGAGCACCGAGUUUUAAUGAAGGAGCUGAUAGACGCUUUAGAUGAUGGACUGAUUCUGGAGGUGUUCGGUUCGGGCACUGCAUGCGUGGUGUGUCCAGUUGGCAGUCUGCUCUAUAGAGGACAGAAUUACCAAAUUCCCACAAUGAAGAAUGGACCGGACCUUGCUAAGAGAUUCCAUAAGGAGCUCACUGACAUCCAGUAUGGACACACUCAGCGGGACUGGGCACCGGUGAUCAUCUAACUGAUCUGAUUGGUCUAAAACCUCUCAUCUCAAGUGUUUGUGUGUGGACUAAACAGACAGGGGUGUUAUUAAACCUAUUAAAUAUAUGCAGUCUUUCCUAAUGUCCUAACAUGCUUGCUUGGAAAUCAAUAUGGCAUAGUUUGGAUGAUUGUAUAGAAAUCAUCCUUAAACCUAAGCUCAAGCAUUAUAAGCAACUAUAGGCAACAAACUAAUAUUUUCUCCUUGCAAUAGUUACUGAUCCA